AUGACUUUUGGUGGAGUCCACGAUUUCACCCACGUCUGCAUCGUAACCGAUUUGUUCGAAACAGAUCUAGGAGCGCUUCUGAAGACGAAACAAAAUCUCACAAAGCAAUGUAUUUUUUUCCUCUACCAAGUGCUACAUGGUGUUAA